CGUUUCUUCUUCGCCUUGCACGCUGGGAGCCGAUAGUCAGUUUUCUCCGUCAUGGCGGCUCGUGUCCUGCAGCAGUGCGUCCGCUCGCUCGCCCGGCCCUCGCUGAGGCUUUCCUCUGCCAACCUGGCAGUCAGAGCCGCUGCCGCCCCGGCUGCAGCCAUCCACCGACCCCUCUCCUUCGCCGUAGACAGCCGGAGGACGCGGUGGCUCGGUCAGAGCCGGGUUCCCUCAGUGGGAGUGUUGUGCCGACAGUAUGGUGACCUGCCCCCCCUCACCCUAGAGAGCAUCAAAGACCGCGUUAUGUAUGUCCUCAAGCUCUACGACAAGAUCAACCCUGAGAAGCUGGCAACAUCCUCCCACUUCAUGAAAGACCUCGGCCUGGACAGCUUGGACCAGGUGGAGAUCAUCAUGGCCAUGGAGGACGAGUUCGGCUUCGAGAUCCCUGAUGCAGAAGCUGAGAAGUUGAUGAGUCCCGAGGAGAUUGUACAGUAUAUUGCAGACAAGAAGGACGUUUAUGAAUAAUUGUUCCAUAGCUCGUUACAGAGAGAGAGUGACCCCACAGAAGUACUCGUGAAUGACAAAACAAUUUUCCACUUCCUCCCAUCAGCUCUUGUGUCCACUACGGCGUUUGUUGGCUGCCGUGUCUUGUGUUUGACUGUAUUUAAAUGAACAUGUGCUUUGGGAGCUUGGAGAUUAAACAAAAUAUAAAACAAGGAUAUAUCACUGUUUAUUUCUACUUCCAGCUCCACCCUGUGGUUCCGAUGUAUAAUUUCUCAAGAGUAGAUCAAUAAAGACACAUGCUGUAUAGA